AUGCUGCGGAAGGCCGUCGUCGCCUUCAUCGCCUGCGCCGCCCUGUACCUCGCCGUCUCCGCCUACUCCCGUCGCCAGAGCAUUGCAGAGGUUCAAUUACCAGCAGUUACUCACAGGGUCUACCUAGAUGUAGAAAUUGAUGGCCAACACAUAGGUAGAAUUGUUAUUGGUCUCUAUGGGGAGGUUGUUCCAAAAACAGUUGAAAACUUUAGGGCCCUUUGUACAGGUGAAAAAGGUGUUGGGUCCAAUGGCAAACCUCUUCACUAUAAAGGAACACCAUUCCAUCGUAUUAUCCCUGGCUUCAUGAUUCAGGGCGGUGACAUAGUUAGAGGCGACGGGAAAGGAAGUGAGUCUAUAUAUGGAGGCAUCUUCCCAGAUGAGAAUUUCACUGUAAAACAUACACAUCCAGGGGUUGUUGCUAUGGCGAAUUCUGGACUUGAUUCCAAUGGAUCCCAGUUUUACAUAACUACUAUCAAGACAAGCUGGUUGGAUGGGGAGCAUGUUGUCUUCGGCAGGGUGAUCCAGGGAAUGGAUACCGUGUACGCCAUUGAAGGGGGUGCUGGGACUUACAAUGGCAAGCCAAGGAAGAAGGCGGUGAUCACUGACUCUGGUGAGAUACCCAAGGAGAAAUGGGGUGAUCAGGAAGCGUAG